GGGGAACGGAACGCAUUGUGUAUAGUUGUAGAUGCUCCAAUAUAUAACUUACCAGAGAUGACCACUGAUGUAAACUGUUCCAGUCCAUAGUCCAUUUUCAGACGUCUAACGUGACGUCGUACAAAUAUCCCCUCCAGACUUGUUUGUUUUUUACUCGCGCCUGCGGAUUCAUAAACAUUGCGAGUGAAAGUUGUGUCUUGUGUGUCUGCGGGAGCGCACACAACGAUUCUUUUUUUUCCUGGUGCAUGUUAUUCUCUCGAGUCGAAACAAAGCCACGCUUGAGAGGGUGGGACGGAUAUUUAUUAGGUGCACUUAGUGAAUAUGAUAUUUUCAGAUGAAAAGUGGCUAUUAUUGUUGUUUUUUCAGGAUUAGGACAUCAGAUGUGGCUGCCCAGAGGAUAACGUAAAUUUUCCAUGAAUUGAAGAUGGAAAUGUUUAUAAAGAAGAAGCCCGAAGCCAGGGUUAUGGACCUGGUUAGGCAAAGAGAAAUACAGGAAUCAACAGCAAGGCAAGUUGGACGUAAGCUCAAAGUCACGUCAAAUUUAUUAAGAAGAUUGGGACUGAAAACAGAGCUAGAAGGACAUGAAGGUUGCGUCAAUUGUUUGGAGUGGAAUGAAAGUGGCACAACCCUGGCCUCAGCAUCUGACGACAUGCAUGUCAUAUUGUGGAAUCCAUUUCGCUAUGAGAAGAAACUAAAACUACAAACUGGCCAUGGUGGAAAUAUUUUUACAGUCAAGUUUAUGCCAAAAUCAAAUGACUCUAUUCUGGUGACCGGUGCAGGCGACCACAAGAUCUGUGUGCAUGACAUCUCAAUUUCGGACACACUGUUGGUGUGCAACUGCCACUUGGGAAGAGUCAAGCGCGUAGCCACAGCACCAAGUGUACCCUUUCUUUUUUGGAGUGCUUCUGAAGAUGGUUUGAUAAUGCAGUAUGAUCUGCGCUUACCGCACUCUUGCAAGAAAAGCGAGCAGCGCAAUGUUGUCGUCAACCUUACUCAACACGCAGGCCGCGUCGUCGAAGCCAAGUGCAUCAACGUGAACCCACGCAGACCCGAGCUCAUCGCGGUAGGCGCCAACGAUGCCUACGUGCGCAUGUACGAUCGCAGAAUGAUCAAGCUUCAGCAGAGACUAACGUCGAAUGCUAUCUGGCUUAACAAAGGAGAUUUAGACGAUAGCGUACCGUUUGGUUGUGCUCGGUACUUUAUUGCAGGUCAUUUAAGAAAUCGCGAUAGCUGUAAAAGAUUUUCGAGCACCUAUGUGACGUUCAACGACGAUGGAAAUGAAUUACUAGUCAAUAUGGGUGGAGAACAUAUUUAUCUAUUUGACAUCAAUAAUCAUGGAAAUUCAAGAAGUUUUAUAGUUCCUGUUGAGCUGGAAACGAAUACGGGGGACCAAGGCUGCAAUGAUCCUUGUGUAGAAGAUAAUCGUGCUCCAAUAGUUUUAAAAGACAUGUCGGCAUUAAAUAUUUCAGAGUUUAGUCCCGAAGUUGAAGAGCUGCAGCUAAAGGCCAAUAAAGCUUUUGAGGAGGAGCGCUAUGCCAAUGCCAUUACAUUAUAUAACGAAGCCAUUAGCUUGUGUCCAUAUUCAGCAAAACUUUAUGGUAACAGAGCCGCUACCUAUAUGAAAAGAGCAUGGGGUGGAGAUCGCUACGCAGCAUUACGUGAUUGCCGAACGACAUUAUCGCUUGAUUCAGAACAUAUUAAAGCUCACUAUAGGCUGGCUAGAUGCUUGUUUGAUUUAAAUCUAGCACAGGAAGCACAUAUUGUGAUGGAAAACUUUAAGGAAAAAUUCCCUCAACACGCUAACGCAUCUGCAUGUAAAACUUUGAGAAAAGAUAUAAAUGAGGCAAUCAAUACUUGUAAAGUUUCGUCUACAACUAAGUCGCUGUCUGAAACAAGGAUUUCCGAUAAUGAGAAAGAAUGGCGAAAAAAUGCGAUUGAUUUUAAAUUAAGACUGUGCGGACACUGUAAUACGAUUACGGAUAUAAAAGAAGCCAACUUCUUUGGAGAUGAUGGUCAGUUCAUCAUUGCUGGUUCGGAUGAUGGAUCUUUCUUUAUCUGGGAUAGAUAUACUACAAAUAUUGCUCGAGUUUUGAAAGGGGAUCAAAGAAUAGUAAACUGUUUACAGCCACAUCCGUCAACUUGUCUAUUGGCUACUAGUGGUAUAGAUUCAGUUAUAAGAUUGUGGAGUCCAAUGCCUGAGGACGGAAGUGUAAAUGUCUGGGAGGUCGAAAACUCAAACGAAGCUGCGAUAGCAAAUUAUAUGCGUAUGAACUCUGAUCACUUUGAGGUAAUGCUUUUCAAUAUGGGAUACAGAUAUUCGCUUAACUCUGGUAGCACUCACGACGACAACGAAGAUCAACAAGAAUCUUCGAAUAAUCCAACUUGUAGACCAAGCUAAGCUCUGUUAAUAUUAAAAAAAAAUAUGUAUAAAUACUUGAUGCAUACAUAUAUGUAUGCAUAUCAAAGAGUUUGCACUAUACAGAAGAGAGAGAGUACUGAAAACAAAAAUAUUAAUAUCGUGAUGUAAUAGAUUUUUUUUCUCUUAUUGAUAAAAACAAAGAUUUUAUAUACAUUAUUCAUCCCAAAUAAUUUUUCACGGCUACUUUGUUGAUGGAAGCAAUUCCCAUAGCAUUUCCAAAGUACUUCCUUCUCUUGGUUCUUCAGUUGCAAGUCCCAAGCUGUUGGAUAAUACUGGCUUUCUCUGGUUAACUCCUCCUUCCGAGAAAUACAUAUUAAAGACGUUUGAUAUUUCAUCUUCAGAUGAUUCAAUUUCAGUGAAUUUUUCGGUAAUUGAUUCGGGUUGAGGAACUGACUGUAAUUAUAAAAUGUAUAUAAAAUGGUCUAAUUUGCUAUUUCUGAUACACAUACGUAUAUAUUUAUUGAAAGAGCUUAGUUUACUAUUUCAUCCGAUUUUUUUUACCUGAUGUUCAAAUGUAUAUUCCACACCGAAAAUGGGUGAUUUGUUAUAGGCUGCAUUAAGGGAAACUAAUUCUUUGUGUAAAGAAUAAAGUUUGUCAAUCGGAUCGACUCUAAAUCCUAAAAUAUAAGAACCAGAUGAUUCUGUACUUGUUAUCACCAGUGUAGGUCCAAAUUUAGAAGAUCUAACAUUUAUCUAAAAAAACAUUGCAUAUGGUUACAACACAAGUUUAGAAAUAUUAAAAGAUUGAAAAUUUUGCGAAAAGCAAUUGCAAAUCUAUUUGUAUUACGAAUAUAAGAGGACAUAAUUAUUUUUCUUCAACUGUUUUGAACUCACAUUAGCUAUUGUUAGAUAAGGCAUGGACACAUUAAACUGUUGAUUCAUAUCAGCAUACCAAACAAUCCUUAUGUUAGUAACAAUGAAAGUUCCAACAUUUCCCUGAACAAGAAAAAUAUAUUUGUCAUAAAAUUUCGAUAAAUUAUGUUAAUUAAUAAUUAAAAUUUUCUAUUUUCAAAUCAGCAUUACUUGUUCAGUCGAUAAAUUCCACACUCCUGGUAAUGUUUCAUGCACUGUUUCUUGCGGCAACAGCGUCAGUCGCUUGUCAUGGAUGAUUCCUACUCUUAACUUCAUUUCCCUAUAUAUUUUUGAUGAAAUGUAAGCUCUGUGAACACCCAUCACUGAGGUAUAAUGACGAGAACUUCGUGUAUCCAAAUUGCUAAAUAAGAAUUCAUAUCUGCAGUUUCUAUACGAAGUUAAUAUGUACAAAGCUUGUGUUGUUCCUCCGUAGAUCUAGAAUUAUAUGGAAUAUGAUUCUCAUUUAUUUCAAUUAUAAGGCUUGAAAAGAUAUAUAGUGGAUCAAGUACUACGCACUGUGUUGAUUAUUUUUGUCGUGACGGUAACGAACGUGUUAAAGCCGAUGCCUGAAAUAUCCAAGAUAUUUCUUUUAAUUACGAUAAUUGCAAAACUAAAUACAAUAAAUUGCAUAAAUAAA